CGCAGGAGGCGGCCGCGGCGGCAGCAGCGUGAGAGCAAGGAGGCGGCGGCUGCGGCGGCUGGCGGUCGCGCGGCGGCGGCGCAGGUGUGAUGGAUAGGUGACCGAGAAGCCCUCCUCGCUGUCGUCAGGGAGGCAGCAUGACCGAGUGCUUCCUGCCCCCCACCAGCAGCCCCAGUGAGCACCGCAGGGUGGAGCAUGGCAGCGGGCUCACCCGCACCCCCAGCUCUGAGGAGAUCAGCCCCACCAAGUUUCCCGGGCUGUACCGCACAGGCGAGCCCUCACCCCCCCACGACAGCCUCCACGAGCCUCCCGACGUAGUGUCUGACGAUGAGAAGGACCAUGGGAAGAAGAAGGGAAAGUUCAAGAAGAAGGAAAAGAGGACUGAAGGCUAUGCUGCCUUUCAGGAAGAUAGUUCGGGGGAUGAAGCCGAAAGUCCUUCCAAAAUGAAGAGGUCCAAGGGGAUCCACGUCUUCAAGAAGCCCAGCUUUUCUAAAAAGAAAGAGAAGGAUUUUAAAAUAAAAGAGAAACCCAAAGAGGAAAAACAUAAAGAAGAAAAGCACAAAGAGGAGAAGCAUAAAGAGAAGAAGUCAAAAGACUUGACAGCAGCCGACGUGGUUAAACAGUGGAAGGAGAAGAAGAAGAAGAAGAAGCCGAUUCAGGAGCCAGAGGUGCCUCAGCUGGACGUCCCGAGCCUCAGGCCCAUCUUCGGGAUCCCACUGGCCGAUGCGGUGGAGAGGACCAUGAUGUAUGAUGGUGUGCGGCUGCCCGCGGUCUUCCGGGAGUGCGUGGACUACGUGGAGAAGCACGGCAUGAAGUGCGAGGGCAUCUACAGGGUGUCAGGAAUUAAAUCCAAGGUGGACGAGCUGAAAGCAGCCUACGACAGAGAGGAGUCUCCAAACUUGGAAGAGUAUGAGCCGAACACGGUGGCCAGUUUGCUGAAGCAGUACCUGCGGGACCUGCCUGAGAACCUGCUGACCAAGGAGCUCCUGCCUCGCUUCGAGGAGGCGUGUGGCCGGAGCUCAGAGGCCGAGAAGGUGCAGGAGUUCCAGCGCCUGCUGGAAGAGCUGCCCGAGUGCAGCCGCCUUCUCAUCUCCUGGCUCAUUGUGCACAUGGACCAUGUUAUUGCCAAGGAACUGGAAACAAAAAUGAACAUCCAGAACAUUUCCAUAGUGCUCAGCCCCACUGUGCAGAUUAGCAAUCGUGUUCUCUACGUAUUUUUCACACACGUGCAAGAGCUCUUUGGAAAUGUGACACUGAAGCAAGUGACAAAGCCCUUGCGAUGGUCUAACAUGGCCACGAUGCCCAUACUGCCUGAGACCCAGGAGAGCAUCAAGGAGGAGAUCCGGAGACAGGAGUUUCUUUUGAAUUGUUUACAUCGAGAUCUACAGGGCGGGAUAAAGGAUUUAUCAAAAGAGGAGAGAUUAUGGGAAGUACAAAGAAUUCUGACAGCCCUCAAGAGAAAACUGAGAGAAGCGAAAAGACAAGAAUGUGAAACCAAGAUUGCACAAGAAAUAGCCAGUCUUUCAAAAGAGGAUGUUUCCAAAGAAGAAAUGAAUGAAAACGAGGAAGUCAUAAAUAUUCUUCUUGCCCAGGAGAAUGAGAUCCUGACUGAGCAGGAGGAGCUCCUAGCCAUGGAGCAGUUCCUGCGCCGACAGAUUGCCUCGGAGAAGGAAGAAAUCGAGCGCCUCCGGGCAGAGAUCGCCGAGAUUCAGAGCCGCCAGCAGCACGGCCGCAGCGAGACCGAGGAGUACUCGUCGGACAGUGAGAGCGAGAGCGAGGACGAGGACGAGCUGCAGCUCAUCCUGCAGGAUCUGCAGCGGCAGAACGAGGAGCUGGAGAUCAAGAACAACCACCUGAACCAGGCCAUUCACGAGGAGCGCGAGGCCAUCAUCGAGCUGCGGGUGCAGCUUCGCCUGCUCCAGCUGCAGCGCGCGCGCCCCGAGCCCCUGCCCGAGCCCGAGCCCAGCGCCCGGGAGCCGCCCCCGCCCCCGGCAGCCAAGGAGCAGGCGAGGCCGUCGCCCGGCAGGGAGCGGAAGGAGACGCCCAUCUGAGAGCCAGCCGGGACGCGCGGGCCUCCGGAGAGGGAGACUGCUGGUUGGCACACCGGUGUCCCAGACAGUCGGCUUCUUGGAAGAGUCAUUUCCUUUGUUAACUUAAAUAACUAUUUUAACCCUUGAGUGGCUUCUUUUUAAACCAAAAAUCGUCUUUCUUUGCUUUUUUAUUACGGCAGAAUCAGGAUUUUUCUCUCGUUCAUGGGGGAGCCACAUGGGGCCGCCCCGCCCGCCACGUCCCCAGGAUCUCGCUGCCGCCACUCGCCUGUGCCUUCACACCUCCGCGGUGCGGGUCCUGGGGGCCUCCUUCCUGAACGGCCGGCCCCACCACCCUCCCCUCUCAGCCCCGCCCGAGUCACCGCGGUGGCCUGGGUCGUGGGAGGACCCGGGGCGUCCACACAGCCUGUUUCUUCGACCUUCCAUUAGGACAGAGCGCCGUGGGUGGCUUGCUUGGGCCCGAAUGUAAGCGUGUCUGCCUGCAUAAGCCAUAUUGAUGGGUAACCACGCGCUCACACAGGAUUGCAGCCAGUGUCCACACAGGCUCGGCGAAGUGCUGCUGGAUGCCCGGUGGGCCAGGCUGAGUACUAGGAAUCGAACUUCCUCGGGAGUCAGCCGUGGUCCUGACCCUCCCCCUCCCCCCACGACCUUGGUUACCCGAGGCGUUCGGCUCACAGGCACCGGGGUCCAGUGCCGCUGGGUCCGAGUAAGUGGCUCCAAGAGGCUCUGGACUGUGAAGACAAACCCACACGUCCUGGUGAUGGAAACACCCCAUGAGGGCGCAUCCUCUUCUCCUGGUUAGUAUUUAUUUCAGCACCUGGUUAAUGCGGUUUUUUAUUCUCUACCUAUUGCACUGUUGUGACUUGUUGGCCAUUAUUUGAUUUUUGUACGGAAAAAAAAAAGCUUUGUUAUAGAAAUCAGCAUACUAUUUUUUUAAACCUGGAGAGAAGAUAUUAUGGUGACUGAAAAUAUGGUCAGGUGUCAAAUAUAAAUGUAUAAAAGCCUUCUUGCUGUCCUGUCGGUCAUAUUACAUUUAUUUUAUAUUUGCUGGCAAUACUGAAGGUUUCUUUUUUGUUUGUGUAAACUCUAAUUUCUAUCACGGUGUCAUGAAUUUUUAAAAUCAGUAUUUCAUUACAGUUGUCUCAGCGUUGGUUAACUAAUUUUUGCCAGGACCAUUAUUGAUAAAGCAAAUAAAUUCAACAGCCAUUUGAGGGAGAAAAAAAGCUUCUUGUUUUCUGUACCCGUUCUUUCUUUGAAAUACCUGAGUGCACUGUAGCUGGUCGGAUGUGCCUUCAAGGUCCACGAGUGAGCAGGAUGUUUUGUGUUAACUCGCUUUGUGUCCCCUUCCCCACCCAGUCUGGCUGCCUGGACUGAAUCUGCAGUAGCUUCUGUGAGUGAUGCCCCGUCAGCCGGCCCAGUUGGGCAGGAAGGUGGGUUGUGACCAGGUUACUGUCUUGUAGGUGAUGGCAGGGGUCUGUCUGUCCAAUGGGUCACCUUUUUGGUGCAGGUCACAUGAUUCCAGACUGAUGGUCUCAAGUUUGGUGAAGGCGGGGCUUCCUUUAGGUGCCUCUGCUUUGGGCCUGCUAACUUAUCUUUUAAUCAGACUCUCGGCCUGAGAAUCAUGAUUGCAAUUUAAGGCACUGGAGCUCCUCGCAGCUGCACCAGUUGUGCUGAAUCUGUGGCAUUCACAGGUCCUGACCUUGGUUCACAGUCUUUAAAUUGGUGGUUCUUUCUGCUCCUGUUCUGUUGUUGCUCCAGUCUGAGGGAGAGCUUGGUCGGCUUGGUGGUGAGUGCUGCAGACACACAUUAAGGCUUUUCCAGCAGGAUCACCACCAGUGAGUGUCUGGGGCCGUGAGACCUACACCAAAGUCACAUAAGUCAGGAAAGAGCCUGCUGAAGACAAUACUUUCUGCAGCCCAGCGGCUUGUUCAGUGACCUCAGGGAGCUGAGUUUCCACUUCCCCAGGGCUGUUAAUCCAGAUGCAGCAAGCAGUGUUGGCCAGAACAGACACCUCAGUGCUCAGCUAAAGGUGAUUGCUCACUGUGCUGGAGUCAAGAACAACUCUGGCCAGCCUGGGGAUUUUGUUGGGCAGCUCUUGCUUUAGCAGCAGCAUCUGCAGUGUCUUGAAGAGUUUAGGAGCAGUCCCUGACCACAGCCUCAUCUUGCACCUUCUCCUAGCCAGGGCAGUGGAGAGCUGCCAAGGGAAGGGAUUUUUGAAUCACGAAUGCCUUCUGCUAACUGUGGCUUAGUCUGAGGCUCAGGAGGGGAAACGCCACGAUCUGCAGGCUUCCCAGUUGUUUUUGUGCUGGUGUCCCUUUCUCCACCCAAUGCCUAGAUGAGUAGUCCCUCGGCUUGGGGGUUGUCAACCAGAGAUGGAGAAAUAGACCCAGGGUCUUGAUAUGAUAGAGAGAAGGCCGAGUUUGCUCCAGAGAAACACUUGCUCUGGGCAUCAGGGUGGAGUUUGUGGUGGACAGAACUAUAGGAUCUUCAGACGCGUGUCAGACCCUGCGACAACAGCAUUCUCUUUCCAGGCCGGAGAAUCGCUCACAGAACGUGAGUAGAAGGCCCAGAGAGGGAAGGAGUGGAGAGAAAUGUUCUCAGCCCUCUUAGGAGGGAGUAUCCUACCAUGAUGGCAGCCGCUUCUCUUCCUGGUUGGUUUGAUUCGUGGUCUCCAACAUUUGCACAGGACCAGAUGUCUGGGGGGGGCCUUCAGCUGUGAAAUCCACAGCCGAGGUUCCACACUUUGUAACUUGGCAGUGGUGUUAGUGGUCAAGAGUCUCCUGUAGGGUGCUUUCCGUAAAUCUGCCCUUUCCAAAAGCAUACCCGUAAAACAGUAACUGUAAAGGACAAAAGACUGAGAAAUGCCCGUGAUUAAAGAGCUGACGAGGUUUCAUUUGAUAAGGAAAUGCAGUUAUUUCUGUGGCAUACAUACUCUCACUAUCCAAUGAUUAUCCUAAAGUAUUGAUACAUUUCUAGAAACUUCAGGCAAUUUCUGGAAUACAUACUAGGAACAUAUGUUGAUACAAAAACCUUCAUAUCAUUAUCAUUUCUUAUUUGACAAUUCUUCCCACAUAUUAUAUCAACUAAACCCAAGUAUUUAACAUCUCAUUUAUAAGAUGAGAGGCAAAUCUUUUGAUUUCCCAGAGGGCUCCUGGAAAACAUGAGUUUACUUUGAGGUCAAAAGAAUCUCAGUAAUUUUUUUCUUUUUAAUUUCUUGGCUACAGCAUGAGGGAUCUUAGUUCCCCAACCAGGGAUGGAACCUGUGCCCCUUGGAGUAGAAGCGUGGAGUCUUAACCACUGGACUGCCAGGGAAAUCCAUCUAUUUAGUAAUUUGAUGAGAAAAUGUCAAAAGGAUUGAACAUUUAAUUCAGUAGGAUCACAGAUCAUUGAAUCAAUGGUACUUGUCUAUUUAAGCAAGGUGACAGUAGCAGAUAUUAAAGGGAAAUACAAAAGUUUACGUUAAAAGUUAGUGCUCUUAAUGUUUAGAAGACUGGGUGUUGUUAAGUGAAGAUCUGAUAAAAACAAUAUGAAACAGUCAGUUAUUCUGGUAACAUACAAAAUUUUUGCUGUCCGCAUAGAUUACUUAAAAGGUAAAACAAACACAAACUCUUUCUUUACAGUAUCUUAUAAACAGCAGAACAAUAAUCGAAGAGGACUUUUUAUCCUUUUAACAGAGGGAAAAGUCAAAUUCUAAUUUUGCUAGUAAAACUUAAUUUUUUAAGAAAAACUUUAAUCCAUUUCAGUGUUAGCCUGCUUGACCACAUAUACACUUCCUUUUCCACAGACAUUGUGCAUCCAGGCUCUGUCCCAGAUUUUCUCGUCUUUCUCAUCCUGAGACUGUCAUUUUAUUUUCCUUAUCUACUUUUCAUACAGUUUCCUUUCACCCUUACUAUCUGAGUAGUUUUAAUGACUUAGUGAUUAGAGUUUUCAAUCCUUAGAAUCCUUACUUCUUAGUGAACACUACCUUAGCACUAGCAUUCUGUGGACUGGCAAGUUAAUAAUAAUUUUAUAAUUUCUAGAAGCACAUUUAUCCUUGUUAAAUUUUCCAGUGUGGCACAAAACUUGUUUACAGAGAGACCCAAAUAUCUUUAGUUCCUCCAUAAAAGCCAAAAGUGGAUAAAAAUUUGUUCAGUAAUUAAUGUGUCAGAAUUUUUAUCUUAUUUGGAAAUGAUCUAGAUAUUCAGUGAUACCUAAUGAAUGUCCAUCACUUAACUUCUCUCAGUAUAACUUUAAGGUUUCAAGUUACCAAAAAGAUUUUGGAAACUAUUUUUAAGUAGACAUACCGGUAAAGUAUAACUGUUGUUGGAAAGUUUAUAAAUAAACUUUUAUCUUACCUCUA